AUGUUUAUAGUAAAGUUUAUCGUUUCGUUUAAUUUUUUUUUGACCCCAGUGAGUCAUUGUUCUGGCUCCGCCACUGCUCUCCAUAAGCAAACCAAUGUUGUGAAGAAUGAUUAUCGAAUCCGGUUGAAUGCUUCCAUUGAUGUUUCUCGACACUUGUUACAUCAAGGAUUACCAUUUCGUGGUCAUGAUGAAUCAGAAGAGUCAACAAAUAAGGGUAAUUUUUUAGAGCUUUUGAAGUAUAUAGCUGGUCAGAAUGAAGUUGUAAAGAAAGUUGUGUUGAAAAAUGCUCCUAAAAAUAACCAGAUGACAUCUCCACCAAUUCAAAAAGAUAUUGUCCAUUGCUUUUCAGAAGAGGUAACUAGAUCUAUUAUUGAAGAAAUGGAUAAUGAUGUCUUUGGCUUGCUUGUAGAUGAAUCGGCUGAUGCUUCAGAUAAAGAGCAAAUGGCAGUAGUUUUUCGCUUCGUUGAUAAGUAUGGGGUAGUUAAAGAAAGAUUUAUUGGUGUUAUUCAUGUGCAAGAGACAUCUUCUUUAUCUCUGAAAAGUGCUAUUGAUUCUUUGUUUGCUAAAUAUGGAUUGAGUUUGAAAAAGCUGAGAGGGAAGGGAUACGAUGGAGCUAGCAACAUGAAAGGAAAGUUCAAUGGACUGAGAUCAUUGAUUUUGAAAGAAAAUAGCUCUGCAUAUUAUGUGCAUUGCUUCGCUCAUCAACUACAAUUGGUUGUCAUGGCAGUUGCAAAAAAACAUGUUGAAGUUGGAGAGUUUUUUUAUAUGAUUUCUGUUUUGCUAAAUGUUGUUGGAGCUUUUUGCAAAAGAAAAGAUAAGAUCCGGGAAAUCGAUCGGCAAAAAGUGGAAGAAAAGAUUAGCAAUGGUGAAAUUAAGACAGGAACUAGGUUGAACCAAGAACUUUCCCUUCAAAGACCUGGAAAUACUCGUUGGGGUUCACAUUAUAAGACUUUGUUGCGUCUUGAGGAGUUGUUUUCAUCUAUAGUUAUAGUUCUCGAGUAUAUCCAGGAUGAAGGCACCGACACCACCAAAAGACAACAAGCAUAUGGUAUUCUCAAGUAUUUUCACACCUUUGAUUUUGUUUUCUAUCUGGAGUUGAUGUUGCUUGUUAUGGGACUCAGUGAUAGCUUAUCAAAGGCUUGGCAAAGAAAAGAUCAAGAUAUCUUAAAUGCUAUUUCAUUGGUGAAAACUACUAAAUGUCAGUUGCAAAAGGUUAGAGACGAUGGAUGGGAUGCUUUUAUGGCUGAAGUUAGUUCUUUUAGCGAGAAAACUAACAUUGGAAUGCUUAAAAUGGAGGAAGAAUUUGUUGAUUCUAGAAGACCAAGGAAAAAGACCGGUAUAACCAACUUGCAUCACUAUAAGGUGGAUUGUUUCUACACUGUCUUAGAUAUGCAACUUCAAGAGUUUAAUGACCGCUUUGAUGAGUUGAAUUCUGAACUACUUAUUUGCAUGUCAUCUUUGAGUCCGAUAGAUUCUUUUCGUCAGUUUGAUAAGUCCAUGCUCGUGAGAUUGACCUAG